AAGUCUUUUGUCUGCAAGCAGAAGGGACGUGGUUCUGUAAAGUAACACAACGUUCUACUGUAUUUUCCCCACAUAACAACUGUAAUCUUGUGCAAACUAAGUACCAGUCACGCUGUUUCCAAGUCAGAGCAAAAGGCUUUUCACUUCUGUGUGUCCGUUGUCAGUUCUGUGUAAAGCUCUGUUGGCGUUGAGAAGGAACCGGAAGGUUCCACUGAUCCUUCAAGCUGAGCAUGAGCCAGACUGCAGACACAUCUAAUGAUGCUCCCAGUGCAGAAGUGCCCGCACCAGUGGCGGCCCCAGCAGCACCAGCAGCUCCAGCACCACCAGCAGCACCAGCAGCAGCAGCACCAGCAGCAGCAGGAGCAAAGCUGGCGACCACCGCAGGAAAGAAGCAGAACAAGAAGAAGGUGGAGGAAGUGGUAGAGGAGGAGGAGGAGGAAUAUGUGGUGGAGAAGGUCCUGGACCGCCGCGUGGUGAAGGGACGCGUGGAGUACCUGCUCAAGUGGAAGGGCUUCUCGGACGAGGACAACACGUGGGAGCCCGAGGACAACCUGGAUUGCCCAGACCUCAUCGCCGAGUUCCUGCAGUCCCAGAAGUCUGCGCACGAGGAGAAGAAGGAGGGCGGCAAGAGGAAAACGGGCGAGUCCGACAGCGACGUGGGCGGAGAGGAGAGCAGGCCCAAGAAGAGGAAAGAUGAGGCAGAGAAGCCCAGAGGUUUUGCCAGAGGACUGGACCCAGAGCGCAUCAUUGGUGCCACAGACUCCAGUGGAGAGCUCAUGUUCCUCAUGAAAUGGAGAAACUCGGAUGAGGCAGACCUGGUACCAGCGAAGGAGGCCAAUGUCAAGUGUCCGCAGGUGGUCAUAUCCUUCUACGAGGAGCGACUGACAUGGCACUCCUACCCCACUGAGGAGGAGGAGAAGAAGGACGACAAAAACUGAAGGGUAGCGGAAGGGAUUGGGGAGGGGAGGACGGGAGGACGGGAGGAUGUUGGGUUCCGACAGGUGAGGCCCGGGGAUUGGCCGUUUUUAGAUUAUUUUCUUUUAAGUUCUCCUUAUUUUGCUGCUGAAAGAUCCUGGACUUUUUGGAAGCCGGUGUGGUUGUGUGAGCAAACCGAUCUGGGGUGAGCGGUUUUGAGAGCGGAUUCGUGACCGAUGAGGAGGGAUGUGACCAAGAGGCUUCUCAGCAGUUCCUUCAUUUCUGCUUUGGAUUAUGGGAAAUGUAGUUUUCACUCACAGGGGCUGCGUUGGCUCUCUCUCUCUCUCUCUCUCUGAAUGUGAGUGGAUGGCGUUAUCAACAGACUGGUUUAUGAAAAAAAUAUUGUGUGAGUAUACAACUUUAUGAACUAUUUCAGACGAAUCCUCUAUUUAGUCAAUAGAGGUCCGGACUGCAAGAUUGUAGCAGUCAUGUCCAGUAGUUUCAGUGUUGGUAAGUUGGUCAUUUUAGCGUUUCAAUUGCCCUUGUCUUUCUUGUUCCCCUUAAUGUGGCUUUCACUCCAUGUUAUCAUGUGAUAUGUAAUUGCAUGUGUUUUUACCAAGGCUAAUGGAGCCUCUUCUGAGAGUCGUAAGCAAGAGGAACAAUAUCUACCCCUCUUCUUUCCAUUUUUAAUUUGCCAUUUUAAUGCGGUGCAUUGGUACACAACGAGUUCAAAUGAAACCCAGUGAUCUUUGAGUUAUCUUGUAGCUGCUGACUAAAUGGUCAGCCUUUGGAGGAGAGAACUACAUUUCCCAUAGCCCCCUAGAAACUCCUUAACAGUUAGUGUUUAUUCUAACAUAUCAUUUUUAAAGUGGUUAGGGGAGGGUGAGGAAUGGUCAAGUACAUGUUUGUAGCGAUAACAAGAAGAGAUUAAUUAGAGAUCAUUGGGUGGGUUUGGAGGAGGGAGGGAGGGAGUGAGGGAGGGGGGGGGGGUCAAAGAAAGUAUAUAUUCUAAAUCGACAACAGAAGGACACUGCCAUAGUUUAGUGUAACCUAAUGCACAUUCAUGUAUCAGUGUCCGGCAGGUGUACUUUGCUGUCAAGGCCAAUCAGAUUGAAGUGGCCUUUGCCCCUCAUUCUGUUCAUCAUGUUUCGAGUUAGCCAAUGUUACAACGCUGAAUGUAGAGUGAUGUGAUGUGAACUGCAGGACACAAAAAUGCAAGCAAGCAAACAAACAAAAAAGAAGAAAAAAAAAAAAAACAGUGACCCUGGGUACCCACAUUGUCCGGGUUGAGAGGUUCGGUCCAAUCAGCGCUUAAAGCUUCAACGGUCGUUAUCAUGGUUUUAUAGUACAGUUUAAUGUGCCUCAUGUUGAAACGAUCAGUAAAUGGCACAGACAUUCGCUGCGGAUGGUAUUCAGUGACAUUCCGAACUAUGGCAAGUGCGAACCCAUUGGACAUUUGUGUGGGGGAAUUGACAUUCAGGACAUUGUAAACACCCAUUCCAGCAAGCAGGCCACAGAGAUGCUCUUGUGAAGUCUUUUUUGUUUUGCUACAAGCUUUCUUCCAGUGCUUUAGUGCUGCUUUAUCGUAAACCCUUUUGUUUUUCUGUUAUAAAAAAAACAUGCAUGUUACUACUCUUCAUUGUCAAUGUUUUUAGGGGUUACUGUAUUUUGUUUUGAGUUUUGCAAAAUAAACCCUAAUUUUUAAGAAA